AGAAGGUGGUCAUUUGAUGCCUUUUGUACUUAGGAAAGGAUACUCUUAAUUUGGAAUAGAAUGAUUUUGUUUUCGACUUUGUUAUUUUUUUGUGCUUUACAAUUCUCAACUGCAAUUAUCCCAUUGAAUUUUUCUCAGCAGCUAACGGAUGCAGAAGUGCUUGAAAAAUGGAAUAAAAUUGAUAAAGAAAUAAACAGGUUACUUCAGUCAGCUGUAAAAUCUAUCAUGCCUUAUGUUGCUGGCAGCGAAAUACAGUUGUCAUCCAAAUGCAUGAAUGAUGGCUUGAGGGUUUUGCUGGGUCUUCGCAAGGCCCAACCAUGGGCUCUUAGAUUUCUAGAUUCCAGUGGGAAGAUAAUGAGUGGGAUCUUGACUGGAACUAUAAGUGAUUUUGGAUCUUACGAAGAAUGUGUAGAUACUGUACUGAAGGACAAUAAAGAUGAAAUUAUCAUUAAAGGUCAGUAUUGCAACAUUCACUUGCGCCCGCCUAUGCCAACUGCAGAUCCUAACGUCAAGAUAGGAGACAUUCCACCCCUUCUAAAAAACAUCUCGGAAAAAUCCCCUCUAAUGAAAGAAAUUGCAAAAUACUCCAGUUCGUUCAAUUUUAUGUCUUUACGAUUGGGUAUUUGUGUUCCAUCUGGUUGUGAAACAGAGGAUGUUGGGAAAAUUCUUAAAUAUCUCGGUGAUAUGAUCAACUUUGAUACGUACGUUUCAAGGUGUGAAGUAAAAGAAGAACUGAAAUUUAGCAAAGAAGAAAUUGUGUCCUUCACCAUAGUUUCUAUUUUUGCAGCACUGAUGAUCGUUGGCACAUUGACAGACAUUUAUUCUACUAAGAUGAACGUUACUUUCAAUAACAAAGCAGGUCGACUUCUGUUGGUCUUCUCCUUACCUCGGAACGUGAAAAAGCUUCUGAAGACACAAAACAGUUCCGGGCCUUUCAGUUGCUUACAUGGCAUUCGAUUUAUAACUACCUUAUGGAUUGUGUUCUCCCAUUCUUACUAUGUGCUUAACUAUUAUGCUCUAACGGGUCUACUCAAAACUAUGACGAUUGGCAAAGAUAUCGCUUUCCAAAUAGUGAUGAACGGGACUUUUGCAGUUGAAACAUUCGUCUGCAUAGGAGGGCUACUGGUUUCCUAUCACAUAGUCUCACAAAAUCGCCGAAGUAUCAACAUUCCUUACUACAUAUUGCACAGAAUUUGGAGGGUUCUGCCAAUGGUUGCUAUUACAAUCAUAUGCUUCUUUAUGACUUUUCAUUUAAGUUACGGGCCUAUCUGGCGUGAAAGUUUUAUCAGCUAUGCGGGAGACUGUGAAAACAACUGGUGGAGUAAUCUCAUAUUUAUCAAUAAUUUCUACAGAACGGAAGAUUCGUGUCUUCCUCAUACUUGGUAUAUUGCAAGUGAUAUGCAGAUGUACAUAGCUGCUCUUAUAAUAUAUUUGCCUCUUUUGAAGAGGCCAAAAGUGGGACUAACCAUCGCAUUCUUAGCUAUACUUGCAAGUAUAAUUUACUGUGGAGUUCAUACUUACGUCAAUGAUCUACCACCUACAAUGCUGACAGUUCAACCAAAUCCAAG